AUGCCUUCACGUCAUCGUCGAUCCUCCUCCAAACAGCAACAACAACAACAGCCUUCAUCCUCCUCGUCCUCCAAUAACAACUCCUCUUCUUCUAAAAAGAAAGAGAAACGAAAAAAGUCCAUCUUUGAUCCUUCCGACUCGUCAAUACAUUCAUCAUCAUCCAACACUAACACGACAACAACAACAACAACAAAUACAACUGUUGCAGCAACUGUAUCGAUCGAAACUGUAUCGACAACAAAUACUACUUCUAGGGAUCCUUCUUCUUCUUCUUCUUCCUAUGGUGUAACGACAACACAUUCUUCCUCAUCGAUGGAGGAGAAUCGUAUGUCUCAAUCAUCAUCAUCACCACCACAACAACAACACACCACAUCAUCCAACACACAUCCACGAAUUCCCUUGUUGUGGACAAAAACUCCACCAUCUUCCUCUCCUCAACAACAAUUGUCAUCAUCUGUUGUAAAUUCUAAAAACAAUUCCACAACAACAACAAGUCCACCACCAUUUCACAACAAGUCGUAUGAGUUGAAUUCGACAAUGACAACAACAACGACGACGAGUAAUACGAUGAGUUCCAAUGUUACAUCAAGUCCUCAUUCUCAUGUCAUGGAAAAUCAUUCAUCAUCCUCACACAAUUUCGAUCCAACAAAUAUUCAAAAUAAUUUAACUAUGAAUCGUAGCAACAAAAUUACGCAUGAUCAGGAUGAGGAUGCACAAUUAAUGGAAGUUGUUGGUGAAUUUCCAACUCUGUCAUUUUGUGAUUUAAUGUUAUUGGGAUCUAGUACGACAGGAACAACUCCAAAUUUGGAUGUGAAAAAUCAUUCUUCUCCAUUGGCUGACAAUUUUCAUCAACUCUCGUCACCUUCAUCAUCUUCGAGGAAACAUUUUCAUUCGACAAGUAACAGCACAGGAAGUAUUAAUUUAUCAUUGACUAGUUUUGGAAAGGAAAAUAUGGUCACAUCGCCUGGAAUAUCCUCUGCAUUUUCACACUCAACCAUGAAAACCAUGUCACCAUUGGCUCCGUCGGCAAUGAACAGCAGUACUCUUGUCACAAAACCUUUAUCGUUGGAUAUUUCAAAAUUGAAACCAAAAUCAAACAAUAGUCCUUCCUCAUGUGUGACACCAGAAUUUACGAAUGAGGAUACUUGUUCGAAUAUUCGAUUAACCACCUCAAAUGAAAAGAAAUCUUCAAAAUAUAGAGAACGAAGCUUGUCAUUUGGAUCGAAAAAAGCAGCUUCUGCUUCCGGGUCCCUCUCACAUCGAGCAUUUAAUGUAUCAUCAUCAUCAUCAGCAGGACGUGAUCACAUCUCUUCGUCCUCUCAAAAUAAUUCUUCCACAACACGAAUGAAACAAGGAAUGUCUUUCUCAAAAUGGACAGAACUCAUUCAAAAUAAUGGAGCUUUUGCUAGGAUUAAUAAUUUAUCAUCAUCGAAUCAUUCGUCACCUUCAAAUUCUCCGAAUAUGCUUCAUCCAGGAGGAGACAACACGACAGAUGAUUCGAAUAUGAGUGCUGGUGGCAUGUCCUCUCACGACUCUUCAGAUAUUUUCGAUCAACUCGAAGAUAUUUUAUCGUAUCAACAUCCAACAAGUCCUCGAUAUAGAACUUAUUCAAAAUCGGAGAAUGUUCAUCAUGAACAUGUAACAACAGGUGACACUUCAACAACAGAAAUUGGAAAUAGUCAAUCAUUAGACCUUCAAUAUGCAUUGAUUGGAAGUCGAGGAGGCACACGAAAAAUUGAAGAUUGGAUGAAGAGGGAUCAUUUAGAGCUACGAAAAAGUGAAAUUCCUUCAUUGCGAGAAUCACGUGCAUCGACUGAAUCUAGGAAAGGAGUUCCUAAUCGACUGACAUCGAAAAGUAGAACUUCUUUUAAUUCGAAAUCUGCCAUCGAUUUAAAUGCAAAGAAAUUUGUGAAAAAGACACCAUCGAUUGUAGACGAUAUAGACUCUGAGAAGUCGAGUUCAUUUUCAGAAGGAGAUUCACCUUCAUUUAGACCUAGACGAAAGAAGAGAAGUGAAAGUCAUAUUGUGGUGAAUGCGAGUGUUUGUUUACAUUUUUCUAUUGACAAUUUCAAGGGUUUAGAAGAAUCACUCAAGCAAGAACGCCAAAAAUUAGAACAAAAAUCGAGUGGAGGAAAUGAUAUUCCCAUUCUCGACAAAUUUCCUGUUCAACUUCAUGUCUUGCAUCGUGUCAAGAAAUCUGAUGAUACCUAUGUUUGGCUUCCACUCGCUCACACUCAUGAUGUUGAUUUGCUUACUCUUCAAAAUUCAUCCUCUUUCUCUUCGAAUAAUGUCAGUAAGCUGUGCACAACUACUCCAUCCACACUUAAAAAGAAUGACAAUGACAUUUUACGAUUUCAAACGACAGCCAUUAUACCUUUCCAUUUUGAAAAAAUUACUCCUUUACUUUUUGCUCUCGUGAGUACUCGUACGAAUAAUGUGUUGGGAUUCUAUGAAGGAUGUGUGGCAGAAAUUUGUGGAGCUCAACGAUUGCUCAUUCGAAGAAAACUAAUCAAACAGAAAAAACAUUUUUGUGACAUUGUGAUUCAAGCAACUUUUCCUCACGAACAUUGGAAUCGACCAUCUGGCAGUAGUAGUAAUAGUAAUAUUAUUAUUAAUAAUAAUACUGAGAAACCAGCUCCCAUUCAAAGCAACAACAAGAUUUUAGAACAAAAUCAACAAAAUUCCACAUCCAACAAAAAAUAUCCAUCCUCCCUAGUUACCGAUUUUGAUGAAGAAUUUGCAACCAUUGAACAAGUGGAUACGAAUAAUUCUGCAUCAGAUCUCACAACCUCACAAAUUAUUACUGAAGAACUCACUGACACAAAAUCACCACAAAAAGUUUCAAAAAAGAAAAAACUCACCAACAACGAAGUUUAUUUAGAUUUUGAUGAAAUUCAAGCCAAACUUGAAAAGAAAUAUAAGGACUGCUUUUUAGUGGUCUCUCAACAAUUUUUCACAGAGAAGGAUCAAACAGGUUCCUUCAUUCCUCUGUACACGAGUGAAACAAACACAAAAAGUACAAAAACUCCAACCUUUGAACCCUUCACCAUCAAACCAACACUUGAAUUCAAAAUUAUUCGAUUUCGAUUUGAAUUAUUUUAUUGGGAAACAGUUUCGAAACAACAAUUUGAUGAAUUGGGGGAUGUUGCCACUCCACGUUAUUCCUUUAAACAAUCAUCCUCUCAAUCUGCUGUCAUUUCCACAAUUGGACAUUACAAGACAUUAAUUGGAGCAGCUGAAGUCUUGUAUCAAGAUUUUAUCAAAUUUUUUGAUUCACCAGUAUUGCCACCAUCGCAACCAUUGUCACAAUCAGGAGGCAUGAUGUUGUCAAAUGUCACAACAACAACAACAACUCUGGAUGAUAAGAACAAUGAAACUCUAUUAUUGGGUCCAUUUUUUCACAUUUCAAAUACUGGACUUAAUGAAGUGGCAACGAGAGAUCAAACCAAUGUAUCCAAAAAGAAUCGAAAGUCAUUGAAAAAUGUCACUUUUGAUCCCAUGACGACAAGUGACAUUUCUCCAUCCACCACUACCAUCCAUCACGUCUCUCCCAUGAACACUCUUAACACUCUCAACACUCUCAACAGCACCAACACUAACAACAUGAAUAAUACCAUGAGCGUUGGAGGCAAUAAUUUCAACUCUCAUAAUAAUGUUGGAGGAAACCAUUCAUCCUUGAACUCAUCACACAAAGCAUCACCACUCACUGUUCGACUCUAUGUCGAUAAAAGAAUUCACAUCAUGAAGGAAGAGACUCUCGCACCUCAAGGAAUGGAUCCUAUUGAAGAUGAAAACAAUCCUUCAGUCGUUCAUCGAAGACGUAAAGUAUUGAGUGUGGUGAGUUCACAAAAUGGAUCGUUGACAUUUAAAAAAGUCAAAGAACGAGUGCUACAGAUGGAGGAACAAUCGGAUUUGGAUGUGACGUAUACUUUUUUGGAUUAUAUGAAAACAGGAUUGAGAUUUAAAUGUUAUUUUGCAUUAGAUUUUACCAAAGAUAAUACUGAACCAAGAAAUGAUAAUUUACACAAUCCUCCAAAAGGUCAAAAAUCCAUUUACGAACAAUGUAUGGAAAGUAUUAGCAAGAGAAUAUUUCAAUAUGAUCCAAAUAUGACUGAUUUUCAUUUAGUUGGAUUUGGAAAUGAUCGUCAUGAACCAGUUUUUAAUUUAUACAGUAAGGGAGAAGAGGUAUCGGAUUAUCAAACAUCUUCUUCGAUGCAGUUUAGUGACACUUCGACAGGUUCACAAGAUUUUGACAAGUCACAAAAUUAUAUAUUUUCAGUGUUGUAUCCAAGAUAUUAUCCUCCUUUGAAAAUUCAUCAAUUGUCACCUAUUUAUCGACAAUAUACUUCCAGUACACAUGGUAUUUACAAACUAAGCAUGCAAGAUUGUGUCAAGACGAGUCAUUAUGCAUUCACAGAGACCAAUGUCCAUAAGGGUACUCGUGACUUGACCAAUGCCAACAAAUUCACCUAUGAAGAAAGCAAAACCGAUCAUUUAAAGAGAAUUUCCUCUCCUGAAUUUGUUCAUUUGAAUUAUAUGGAUAAUUUGAAAGAAGUUUCAAGCCCUUUGACACCACCAAACACGAGUCGACCCUUCUCUGGAUCCAGUAACGAUGACAAGAGAAGAUUUUCAACUGGAUCCAAAGGAAAUUUAUUUGACACGGGUGUGUUCAAUAUGGCCUCUAAAUAUGCACCCAAUGAUUAUUAUCCUGUCAUUAGUGAUGUGAUUGAUUUGAGUUGUAAUUUGAAGAAUGAGGAGAGUAUUACUCAAACUUUAUUGUAUCUUUACAGAGAGAGACAAAUGGCCAAGAAAGGUUACAGCAACAAUCUCACAGAUGAUGAUCAUUCCCUCUCGCUCACUCACAUCAAUCCAGUACUUUAUAAUUUACUUGUCAUUUUAAUUCCCAAUGAUUUUAUACAUGUUGAAGAAACUAUUUACAAGUUUGUGGAAGCGUCUCAUAAGGCUGCCUUAUCCAUCGUUGUGAUUGGUGUUGGAAGUGGAUGUGCAUUCAAGACACAUCGUUCCAUCAAUUUUAACAAUGAUGUAUUUAGUAACAAUUCAAGUUGUUCCUCUGGAGUUGGUUCCAGUGGAGGUGAGAGGAAGAGUAUUCAAUACAGAAUUCAAAGCACUCUGCCAACAACCUCAGAUCUUCAAUAUCGAGGAUUGAAAUCCUCUCGUAAUUGCGUCACUUUUGUAAGACUGAAUGACUAUGAGACUGUGAAUGAGGCUGUGGAAGCUGCUCUCAAAGAUAUUCCUAAACAAGUGUGUAGAUACAUGAAGAUGAAAGGAAAAUUGAUUUUGUCUUCUGACAAUAAAUUAUGA